UGCUCCCAAAAGUGGCACCGAGAUCUCCAGCUCUGAAACUGUAGCAAAGGACCCGGUAAAUGAGAGCUUCUCACUACAUGCCCCGUGUUGCAUCCAUGACUUUGCACACCUGGCUGCUGUACGGGCUUGGAUUUAUCUCAUCACUCUGCUUGACACAAGUGGAGGGUCUGCAGUGCUAUGGCUGCAACAUCAUCCAGGGCCAGCGCUACGUGGACGUGGGCUGCUCCAACCCGGAGGUGCUCACCUGCACCCACUCACACAAGGGCUUCAAGCACCGCUUCUGCAUCAAGACAGAGAGCACUGCACUGGGCAUCGUCCUGACCAGCGGCUGCGCCACGUCCAGACACUGCCAGCAACAGGAGCUGCCGGGCGUCCGCAUCCACUGCUGUGACUCGGACCUGUGCAACAGCGCCCCCUCCCGGAGCCCGCACACACUACUCCAGUGCGCCUGCGCGCUGGGCAGCCUCCUGAUGCGGAGGUUGUGGCUGUGACGGGAAAGAAGGGGACACAAACUCACUGUGUGUAUUUAAAAAAACAAACAAAAAAACUGUCACGUCCUCACUCACUUGACAUUUCAUGUCAAGGGUCGAACGGAUUGUAAUGAAAUCCGGUAACAACUUUGCGAAUGCUGGGAGAAAAGCUUUCACUAUUGUUUUUGUUCUUGUAUGAUUACACAAAAAAUAGUUUAAAAAAUGUCCACACGACGACAGGUAUGAGUGCAUUUAGGAAAAAGGUGCAUAUUUAUUUUCACCUUUUGUUUCGUCUUUUGAAGCGGUAGAAAAUGGAUGAAAAAAUAGCACAUAGGCAUUCAGGCUGCAUUCAAUACAACUGGGAAAUCCGAGCUUUACAUGCCUCUGAUAGGAAAAAUGUGUCAAAGUCAAAAGGUAUUACUCAAACUUUUUUUAUUUUUUUAUUUUAUAAAUCUUUAUUUAUAAACUGCAACAUUUACAAACAAUCGAGAAAUAAUACUAAUCAAAAUAAGUACAAAAACAGUACAAAUCAGCGCCAGGGGGUUGUAAACUCAAUAAAGUAACUAAAAUACAAUGCAAAAUAAAUAUAUAUAACAAAGUUCAGUAAAUAAUUUUAAUUUGGAACACAGCAUCAUCGUUUUCACAGCUUUUUGGUUGUUAGAGGUAGAGAGUGUUUUAACGUAGAGUUCUAAUUAUUUUUUUAAAGGCACAAAAAACAGGUCGGGUAUUGACAAACUUACAUUUAUGAAUAUAAAACUUAGCUAAUAGUAUAAUGAGGUUGCAAAGGUAAAAUUCCUUUUCAAACUU